AACUGCUCUCUCUCUCUCACUCGCUCGCGUGAAUGAUGAAAUAGAUUCACUGAUUCUACUACCCUGCGAAUGGAUUCCACCGAUGACGAUUUUGGUGAGCUGUACGUCGACGACAAGGCUCACGCGACUGCUUCCUUCGCCGGCGAUGUCGUCGGAUGCGAAGAACCGGAGCGUGCUUCGAUUUCCGGCGAGAACGAGGGUUUCGAAGUGCCAGUGAAACCUGAAUCGCAAGGCGAAGAGAAGAAACUCGACGUGGUGGUGGUGGAUAAUAAGGAUUCGAGUCCGUGCGUCGACGCUGUGAAUCGGACCGAGGCGAAGGAAGAAUCGGAGUACAGUGACAGUGACGAUGGUUUGAAUAUAGUGCUGAAAGAAGACGAUUCGAAAGCUUUUCCCGUUGCUUUUGGCUCCAACAGAAACAAUCAGAAACGGGGGAGUGGAAACUGGUGCACAAUGCCAAGUAGUGGGAUGGUUAAUGGACGCAUGACAAUGGAAGCUUCUUCAGCUAAUCAGUCUCUGGGAAUACCUCAAUGUGGAUUUAAUUUCUCACAUACUUGGUCCAGGGCAACAAUCGAUGCAAAUUUCAAUGUGUUUGAGAAAAAGCCAUGGAGGAAUCCUGGUAUGGAUGUCAAUGAUUUCUUCAAUUUUGGAUUUAACGAGCAGAGCUGGAGAGAUUAUUGGAACCCGUUGGUAAAAGGAAGGGCGAUUGAGGUUGAAGGUGGAACUUUUGAACGCACACCAUCUGUGGAUUUGCGUUAUCCACGUGAUUUAGACCCUGACGUGGUGAUACAGAUCCCGGUGACUAAUGAUCUUGAGGAGCUAUCAAGCAUGGCACAUGUGGAAACAAGGUCUCUCAGCAAAACAUCAAAUGGAGCAUCUGUAAGUGAGAAGUUUCAUUCAGAUAUUGGGGAGGAUCUGCUUUCAUCUGGUGAUUCGAUGAAAGAAGAGGUUUCAGUUGGGUGUGAAAACGAAAAGACUGGAAGUUUCAGAGGCGAGCAAUCUCCUUCAAAAGAGAAUUACCGCAGCAGGGAAGUAACACCUUGUGAUAAGGAAAUUAUUGAGGAGGAGAAAGAAGAGACUUGUUGGAGUUCAGAUAAGGCGGAUUCAUCCUCAGUGGAAAGGGAAUCUUCUCUUAGAGAUCACUUUCGUUGUAGCCCUACCUCUUCAUAUUCUGUUGGUAAAACUGAGGAAUCCGAAGAUUCCGCAACAGAGUCAUCGAAAGGUGGUGCUACUGAUAACCGACGUGAAGCCAGUAACCCACCACGACGAACUAGAUUGGUGGAACACGAAUCAAACACAACCACAAGUGUGGAAAGGAGUGAUUCGGAGCAUUAUAGACGCAGAAGAUCUCACGAAGACUCAAGCAAAAGGCAUUAUGGGAGAGUUGACUAUGGUGUACAUAGGAGAACAAACCAUGCAAUUUUCAAGGAUGCAUCGCGUACACGAGAUCCAGAUCUUGGCAAGAAAGUGUGUUCUGGACAUGGAAGAUCAUAUCGUGAUUCAAGGAAAAGCUGGCAGGACAGGCCACAUUUUACAUUAGAAAAAGUUGAGACUGGAGGUAGAGGUUUUUCUCACUCAUAUAGAGAAAAACGUCAUGGUCGUUCAUAUUCACCUGAGGAUCUUGAUCGAGAUAGAGGACGAAGGUUUGGUUGGCGCAACAAUAAAGAACCAUCACAUGGCCGAGGCUUUGAUCCUUCUAAUGGUUACAAGUAUGAAGCGGGUCGUCAAGAGUAUACCUCAGGCUCAUCCUUCAAUCUUAACCAGAGAAAUUCUCGAUCGAGUUUUAACAAAGAGGAGGAUAGAUACGGUAAGCAACAUUGUGAAAGAAGAUAUGGCCGUGAAAGAAGUCCUGGACUAGCCUAUGAAAGCAACAAAGAAAGAAAUCGAUAUGAUGGGGUAGGAGAGCCUUAUUAUCAGGAUCGUAUUCCAAUAACUGAUAUGGAAUAUAGGUACCGGUUUGAGUACUCUUCUACAUAUGGAAGACAUAACCCCAAUCAGACUCGCGAGGAUGAGCUUCACUAUAGGUGUGACUACGAUUAUGAUUUCCCUCGUGGUAGAUAUGAAGAUGAAGUUCACAGGGCAGAAAGUGGAAUUCCAUUUGAGCUGGCUUACAGGGAGAUGCAUUCUUUUGCUGAAGUGGGAAGGAGAGAAUUUGAAAGGUAUGAAGAGGGAUUCUCUGAAAUAGAUAGAAGAGACGACCAUUACACACCUGGUUGGCAUCAUGAUAGAUUUGUCUCAGAGAACGAUGGUCAUAAGUACAGAAUCCAAGAUGAUUGGCCAUCGCGGUCUUCAUUACCAUUCAGAGAUUCUUGGCAGACAAAAGGAUCGAGAGGUGAUUCUUGGAGAGAUGAUACCAGAGACUUCGCAACAAGGGAAGCAUAUGACAGGCAGAAUAAUCAGUUGUAUAAGGAUGCACCAAGAGAUGGUUGGACACGAAAUCUUGUUGGUAGCGAUAAAGUGAGCAUACAAGACAGACUAAGGUAUGAUGAUGAUGAUUGGGUUCGUCGUGAUAAAAGGAGAUAUCAGCUGGGAGAUGACAUUCAAUGUUCUGAGCAUCCAUCAUAUACUGAUGAAAUGAUAGUCCCCGACAUGAGAGUGACAACACAUGAUCGAAUUUCUAUCAAACAAAGACCUGGCUAUUUUAAGAGCCAUGUUCAUGAAACUGAUGAAAGACAUCAGAGGUCCAAAAAGCUGAGAAGAGAUGGGAAUGCUUUCACCAAGUGUCAGGAUCCGGUUGACUUAACUGGUAGACAAGGGAAGCUCUCUAACCAGUCAAGAAGAAGAUUCCCCAAUACAACAAGAGAUCAGCAACAGAAACAAACAAAUGCAGUCGGCGAAAGAAACACGAAAGCUGUUGUGCAGAGACAAGGAUUGAAUGAGAAAGAGGAAGGUGAGAUCAUACAUGAAGAAGAAGAGAGGAACGUGACAGGGACUGUAAUAGACGACGACAGGAUACAAGAAAGCAUCAAGAAGAUGGCGAAACGAAGAGAGAGGUUCAAGGAAACAGAAGUGGUGGUAGCAGCCAAAUUUCCUUGCCAAACCGAAGAGGGAGCCAAAACCGAUGUUAGCAAUCAAAUGAGACCGGUUAGGAAGAGGCGAUGGUGUGCAAGCUAACUAGUACAAAUUUAUCAAAUUGGUUUUGGCUUAUUCUAAGUUGGAAACAAUCGACUAUGACUUAGAUUUCAAGGUCAUUUUGCAUUUUCAA